AUGAGGAAGCUGGGACCAGCUGGCUUCACAUUCAGCCGACCCACUUCCUAUUUUUUGCAGAAACGAAGCCAGCUGAAAGGAGGGAUUGUGGCUUCUAUGACGGACUUCCGAGCUGAGCGAGCUGUUCCUCGGGGCGUUUCCCGGAAAGGCGAGAGAAAGUCUGGAGAUGGUGAGAUGAGCUUUCGGGGGUCUUCCUCUGAUCCAGACGAGCCUCCUGAGGAGAGAGCAUUCCCGGGAAAGCCGCAGCUUGGAAAAGGAAGAAAGCAAUCCAGGCGAGGGGGUUUCUGGACACCUCAAGACGGGGAAAACUGGGGGGCAGAUCCGCCUCCAGCACCAUGCUGCUGCUGCUGCCGGCUUGGGUCGCCUGGCUGGGCUUCCCGGCCCCCGAUUGCUGACCCUCCACUUUCGGGGAGCGCAAACGGGAGGCAGCAAGAGGAGCGGGGGAAAGUGGAGGGGAAGCCGGCGGAUGUUCCAUCCCCGGGCCGGGGCGCCCCCAGGCAUGAGCGAUGGGGGGAGCGAGGCUGGCCGACGCGCCCUCCUCCUGGGGGACCCCGGCGGCGCCCCGGAGCGAGCCCGGGACAAGGAGCGCGCGCAGCCGCGCUGGAGAGCUCAAAGUUGCGCGGAGGGGCUCCUGGAGGAGGAGGUGGAGGAGGCGGAAUCAAGGACCUGACGGCGGGGACCUCGGCUGCAAGCCCCGGCUCCUCCAAGGAGUGCGCCCCGGAGACGGAGAGCCAGCCCUCGGCGGGCGAGGCGGACUACUGCCGCCGGAUCCUGGUGCGAGAUGCCAAAGGGACAAUCCGGGAGAUCGUCCUUCCCAAAGGUCUGGACCUGGACCGGCCGAAGAGGACCAGGACUUCUUUCACCGCUGAGCAGCUCUACCGGUUGGAGCUGGAGUUUCAGCGCUGCCACGUGGUGGGCAGAGAGAGGACGGAACUGGCCCGGCAGCUCAACCUCUCCGAGACGCAGGUCAAGGUCUGGUUCCAGAACCGCCACAAGCAGAAGAAGGACCAGAGCAGGGACUCAGAGAAGCACGCCACCUCCACCUCGGAGUCCUUCGCCACCUGCAACAUCCUGAGACUAUUGGAGCAAGGGAGGCUCCUGUCGGUUCCCGGGGGCCCACCCAGCCUGCUCUCCCCUGCUCCCAACCCCGUCGGCAACCCCUCCGGAAACGGUUCCUCGAUGGGCACGUCGGGGAACACUUCGCCAGGCCUGGGUGGCGGGGGCAGCCCUCCGGGGGUGGGGGCCUUCAGCUUGCAGGUCCCCUCGCUGGCCGCCCCCUCGGUGGCCCCUCUUUGCUUUGGCGGCCCCUUGCUGGACCUCCACGAGCUCCCCAGCGGAUACGGACUGGGCACCUCCGCCUUCGAGCCUUACACGCGGCUGGAGAGGAAAGACAGUGCGCUAGCCAGCAAGAAGCCGAGCCCUUAAAGAA